GCAGAGCAACACGGAGUCCUACCUGUCAAAAUGUCCUUCUAGCUGAUAUAAUAGACAUCCGGCUGUCCUCCAACCGCUUCCUGUUCACCGAGGUGGGACUGAAACACGGCGUAACAAUGACCAUUGUGAACCUGUCCUUUGCUGCCUGUGGUUUUAUGGGGAUCUACCACCUGGGUGCUGUGGGGGCCUUUCUUCGUCAUGGAGACAAGCUGCUGGGCUCCCUGAGGGCCUGUGCUGGAGCAUCAGGCGGUGCGCUGAUGGCUGCUGUCCUCAUCACAGCUCCAGAUAAGCUGGAGCACUGCACAGAGUUCACCUACAAGUUUGCUGAAAGUGUGAGACAACAGAGGUUUGGAGCCAUCACACCAGGAUUCAACUUCAUGCUCAUUCUACGGGAAGCACUAGAGGAGAUUCUGCCCAGUGAAGCUCACAGUCUGGCCAGCGACCGACUUUAUGUCUCUAUAACUCACUGCAGGAGUGGGAAGAACCACAUCGUUUCCAGGUUUCCCUCCAGGGAUGAGCUCAUAAUGGCUCUGCUGGCCAGCAGCUUUGUGCCUCUCUAUGCCGGGCUCAGACCGGUGGAGUUCAGCGGGCAGAAAUGGAUUGAUGGAGGGUUUACGGACAGCCUGCCCAUCCUGCCUGUGGGGAGAACCAUCACUGUGUCUCCCUUUGCUGGACUGCAGGAUGUGUGUCCUGUCCACAGGGGGCGCUUCAACACUCAACUCAGCAUUGCCAACAUGAAAGUUAUGCUAACAUUUACAGGCAGGAAGUGUCAGGAUUAUUUAACAUGAAGACUUAAGGAGUUUGGGUAAAACAUAUUGGUAGGCAAAGGUGUUUUUUAUCUUAAAUGUAAAAUGUUAUGUAUAUUUUGUGGAAGUUUGGUUCAUUUACUUUCUAAAUAUGUCUAAAUAUCAUUAACUUUUUUUUAGUUAAUUAUUCAAUUAUUAAAUUAGUGGACAAUUAUUUCAAUAACACAUGAAGUUUAAUUAAUGAAGAUUUAAAAUUUGCUAUAGUCAACCAAAAGGUUGGUUUUUGAUGUAAAAUUUGACAGACAAUAAAACAUUUUAGCACAAAAUAGCAUGUCAAAAAUGCAAUUUUUGACAUUUUCAGGACUAUUUUUAGAUAUAUGAUAGUAAUCAAAAAAUGUGUUGACCGCCUUAUGAAGAAUCAAACAUGGAGAUUGUUUGCUAGAACCAGCAUUGACAGAACAUAUCCUGCAAAAAACAAAAAAACUCCAGAAGAGAAGAGAGAUUCACAAGUUAUAUUAUUACUGGUAAAGAUGAAAAUCUUAAAACAUGAUUAGUUAAUGUUCUAGUUUGAGUUAGUUUCCAGAAACUAACUCAAAACAUUUGACCUGUAACAUUUCAUUUCAAUAUUUUCCAUAAAUAUUGAAAAAGUCUCUAUGUUCUUCCUUAGUUCUCUUUUUGUCUCCUUUUUCUUCCCUCCCUUCCAGUCUUUUUCUUGUUGACUCUUUCCUUCCUCAUCCUUCUCUCCUUCUGGUUUCAUUCAUGUGUGAAGCCUCCCUUCUAAAUUCACAGUGAAUAUUUUUAUUUUAAAGCAAACAUAAGAACUGAAAAAAAUCUGGAAUAUUAACAUUAGAAUUCAGACUGUCUUCGGUUGUAAAGGACAACUCUUAAAAUUGCUAAAUACAACCCUGAAUAAGUUGUUAGGACUUUCCACAUUGAAUGAAUAAUCUUUGUAUAUCACUCUGUUAGUUUGUGAUGAUUUUUUUAUUUAAUCUAAUUCAAGUUAUCACUUUAUUUUAUAUGUAGAUUCUGUGCCUGCUUCUAUGAUAAGGAUAAUGGUCUCUCUAGAGCUAUGAGUGUGUGCACUGAUGUUUUUUUUAUGUCUUGUGGACUAAAGCUGCAUUCCCACCAGUCCUGUUUAGUCCGCUUUAAUGGAACUCUGGUUCAUUUGUCUAGAAAGUUCCGUUUGUUUGGGGAGGUGUGAAUGAGAAACUGACCAAAAACACAAACUCUGGUUUGAAAACAAACCUUGGUGUUGGUUUGGUUGGAGUGAACCAAACCAACACCACACAUGGCAUUCACAUUUGAAUGCAUAUGUGGAUGCCAAAUUCACAUAUUCACUGCUCCAAAUGCAAU